AUGAGAAACGAGCGAGACAUUAUAAGGAGGGUCGUGCCUGUCGUGCCCCCAAACGCCAUGCGCCGCAACGCUUCUCUCGUCUCUCAGAACAGUUCUGUGCUGAGCGGCCCUGCGAACACCUCCAACUUCUGCGAUUGCACACGCGGCAGGGCGGAGCCGGAUCAAACUCGGUUGCUGGGCAGUAGGGAGGGGGACGCAGCUUCACUUGAGAAAGGUGAAGGCUUUCCGGAUGAGGCAGCACUAAGCCUCCCGUUUCGUUUUUGCAGACAUCUUCGGGGAUUUGCUGCACAGGCUGUGCAUUCACGCACUCAGCGCCGUCGCCUGGUUGCACUAAUCAUCCUACCUGCUGUCCUGGUUACGCUAUACUACAUCGGCUCAUUUGCAACUGCUGGCCACUCAAGACAGAGCCACGGAUCGAUAGAGUUACAGAGGAAACUGUCGACCCUCUUAGAUCGUGGUACGUUUUCUGUGCUGGUGCAGCACGAGAGUGCAUUGCAACGUCUGGCGUCAGCACAGCAUGCCCUUGAUGCCGCUGCUGCUGACGGUAAGGCGCGUCUGAGGAGUGAUCAGCUGCCGUCGUGGACACUACGCGUGAUCGACAAGAACUGCACGAUGUGCUUCGACAGGGUGACGUACGGUGCGGCGGUUGCAGGGGGGUAUGGGGAAAUGGCCGGCGGCAGACCAGAUCAGGAGGCCAAAGGACUUCCUGUGUUCGCGACGACAUCUACGCCGCUGGGCCUCAUGGGGCCGAUGCUGUUUGCGAUGGCGAGCGUGACGGACGACGUGGACGUCGCCGCGGAGCUGCCGCUGUGGUCAUGGGUGAGCCGGUCGUACGCGCAGCAGCGCCACCUCGCCAACGCGUCGCUGCGGAAGAGCAAGAGUACGCAGCCGCAGCACUUGGUGGUGAUGGGCAUACCCUCAACAGACCAGCCAAUGCGCUAUCCGCUGCGGGAUGCGCAGCGCGCGACGUGGCUGACGUACCGCGAGGUUGCGCGUGCCGAGAAUAACUUCACUGGCGCGCUGCUACAGCUGUACGUGUUCGCUGCUGCGGAGCGUCGCUCUGACAACUCGCCGCGCGACACCGUGGAUACGGCACAGCUCGCUCCAACCGUGAACGAGUAUGCUGCAGCGAACUUACAGCGGCUGGAGGUAGAGGGCGGCGACGCCACCAAUGCACCCAGCUACGUGCAGCGUCGCGUGGUGUUGCGUGAUGGAUGGCGCGACGUCUCCAAAGCCGAUGGCGCCGUGUGGGAGUCGCCUUGCAUCGGUGUGAAGGCCUCCGUGGUGAGUCCAGAGGGAAUUGUGGGCGGGGCUACGUCACUUACGAAGCUCUCCUCUGCACUGUCGCUGCCGGCGACACCCGCCUUCACUUCGGCGGCGCGGUACAUGUGCCACGUAUCCACUGCGCUGUGGCAGGAGGCGCUGCACCAUCGCAACUCGCUGUGGCUCGAUUUUUUGGCGGACCGGCAUCCGACUACAAACAAGAAGAUGGGCAUGUCUAACUCGUGGGGUGUUCCGACGGAAGUCGGGAUGAGCCAAAAGGUCGUGAUAUGGCUAAACUACGCGUACACUGCCUUCCCAGACGUGCCGUACUUGAUGAAGGGCGAUGACGACAUGUACCUGAAGGUACCGCAGUACCUCAGCGACCUACGCUACACGCAACAGGGCGAGUGGGGGAGACCGCGUAGCUUGAUGGCGACCAUUCCGCACGGCGACGUUAUACCGGCGACGCUGGGCAUCGAUGACACGAAGGAUUGCCUGUAUCGAGUGUGGCGGCUGUACUACGCAGGUGACAUCAUAUAUGGCAACGGGGUGGGCUACAUUCUGGACCGACGCCUCGUACAAGCUGCGCUGAACCCAUUUGGUAGCAGCAAUGUUCUUCUGCUCAGGCUGUUGACCGAGCCGUACAAUUCUAGCCUGCACAACGAAUAUCUCAGCUUGAUCAUGCAGUAUGAAGAUGUGCUUGUGGGGAAACAGGUGAAAGACCACCUCGGGGCUGUGAGGCAGUUGUGCCCGGGGCGGCGCGUGUGCUACAUGGCGGACAGUGAGCCCCGGGCACACCAGAUUCUGCGACCAGCAGGUUCCAGAAUCACAUGGAACUCGGUGAUGACGCACUUUGGAAUGCCAGCGAUACCCUACUAUGUCCACUACUUCCACAAGAACGAGCUCAAGGUGGCAGAGGAGGCGAAGCGCCUGAUUGAGCGGGGGUUCGACGUGAAUGCAAUUGAGGCGAAUGCUACAAAGUGCAUGGAAGACUGGGUGACCUCGCAGGUACCGAAGACCCUGGUGGGCCUGGGAAGCGUACUUGAAUUGGACUGGGUACGCGGCAAGCCACGCACCACGUACGUUGUGGCCGAGGAGGACGACGUCGCGGUGUAUGAUGUUCGGUACAAACGCGCCCGAAGGUACAUUACCAAGUGUAUCUGGGAGUCGGGCUGGUAG